AAACGCGUGAUCCAGAAAACCGAAACUCUGCAAGAGGUCGACCUCCUGCGGUACUACGCCACCGAAUGGGACACUUAUACUAGAGGGGCUAACUAUGUCAACCGUUUAUUCGCAUUUCUCAAUCGACACUGGGUGAAGCGCCAGCAAGACGAGGGAAGGAAGGUUUAUCAGGUGUACACGCUUGCCCUGUCACAAUGGAAAACCCAUUUCUUCAUGCACAUACAAAAUGACAACGCGAAACUGGCCGGUGCUGUACUUCGUCAAAUCACACGGCAAAGGACUGGCGAGGUCGUAGAUGAUCAGGGUCUGAUCAAGCGGGUUGUGGAUUCAUUCAUAUCACUUGGCCUUGAUAACGCCGAUCCUAGUAAGGAAUGCCUCAAUAUAUAUAAGGACCAGUUCGAAACGGCAUUCAUCGCUGCCACGGAGCAGUAUUACAAGAAGGAAUCAGAGGCCUUUCUAGCUGAAAAUUCGGUGUUGGACUACCUCAAGAAAGCCGAAGAUUGGCUGCGAGAGGAGGAGAAUCUUGUUGAGCGUUAUCUACACAGCAAGACGCGAAAAGAGCUUGUCAGCAAAUGUGAAGCGGUCCUGAUUCGCGAGCACUCCGAUCUGAUAUGGAAAAGCUUCCAACCGUUGCUCGACUCCGAUAAGGAUGAAGAUGUGCAACAUAUGUAUACGCUUGUUUCAAGGUUUCAAGAAGGUUUGGAACUUCUCCGGAAAAAGUUCAAAGCUCGCGUCAAACUAUCUGGUCUCUCCGCUAUCGAGAAUGUGGUUAGCCAGGCCGGCGCCGCUGCUGCGAACGCAGAAGUCGACCCCAAAGCAUAUGUGGCUGCGCUCCUCGAGGUUUACCACAAGAAUUCGGAGACUGUAAACAUAAGUUUUAAGGGCGAGGCAGGACUCGCUGCAAGUUUGGACAAAGCCUGCCAAGAAUUUGUCAAUCGGAACGCUGCUACUGGUGGCUCAUCGACCAAGUCGCCAGAGCUUAUUGCCAAGUACUUGGACAUGCUUUUGAGAAAGAACAACAAGAUGGCAGAGGAAGACGACCUAGAGGGUGCUUUGAACCAUGUCAUGAUUCUGUUUCAAUAUCUGGAAGACAAGGAUGUGUUCCAGACAUUCUAUACCACCAAGCUUUCAAAACGGUUGAUCCAUGGUGUCUCUGCGUCCGACGAGAGCGAGGCCAACAUGAUUUCGAAGCUCAAAGAGGCUUGCGGUUUCGAGUACACCGACAAGCUCCAACGCAUGUUUACGGACAUGAGUUUGAGCAAGGAUCUUACGGACUCAUUCAAGGAUUGCAUGUCGCAAAACCACGGUGACAUGGUCAUCACCUUCAGCAUCAUGGUCUUAGGAACCAAUCUAUGGCCACUCUAUCCACCACCACACGAUUUCGUCAUCCCCACCGAGAUCGUACCCACCUACGACCGAUUCCAGAAGUACUACCAGACGAAGCACUCUGGCCGUAAACUCACCUGGUUAUGGAACUACUCCAAGAAUGAGCUGCGCACGAACUAUACGAACCAAAAGUACAUCCUGAUGACGAGCUCAUACCAGAUGGCGGUACUAUUGCAGUACAACUGGGCCGAUACGCUUUCGUUGGAUGAGCUGGUCACUGCUACUUCGAUUACGAAGGACAUCUUGACCCAGGUUCUGGUUGUGUUGGUUAAGGUGAAGAUGUUGAUCAACGAGGAGAAGGACCAGUACGAUCUUAAUCACAACUUCAAGUCGAAGAAGAUCCGUGUCAACCUGAUUCAGCCAAUCAAAGCCGAAGUCAAGACCGAAUCUUCGGAUGUUUUGAAGGCUGUUAAUGAGCACAGAAAAUAUGUCAUUCAAGCUACGAUCGUUCGAAUAAUGAAGGCAAGGAAAACCAUCAAAAGUCAGGCUUUGAUCCAGGAAGUCAUCUCUCAGAUCUCUCAACGCUUUGCGCCAAAGAUUCCUGACAUCAAGAAAGCGAUCGAAAUCCUCUUGGAGAAGGAAUACAUUGAACGAGUCGAUGGUUCCAGGGACACGUUCGCAUAUGUUGCUUGA